GAAGAUAAGUGAGAAGUGUGAUUAAGUUAAAAUAAAAAAUGCGGUAGUGGCAAAGAAUGUUUACUUUCACAUAAUUCACACGUGUUUUUUUUUUAUCUAAAAGUGAUUUACGUUAUCAACGUAGUUGUGUUCAUAUAACUAGUUUCACCAAAGUAGCAACUAAAUUUAGUGCAAAUUCUACGACACAAGAUGAACAAGCAAAUAAUCGAAGGGCCAAAACUAACAUACUUCAUAAAGGAGAAGACCUUUGGUGAGUUUUGCUUCAACCGUUGUGAAAAAUAUGGAGAUAACAUUUGCCACAUCGACGCUACUGAUAACAAAACAGAAACUUACUCCAGCGUCAAAUUACGAAGUACUCGAGUAGCGAUCGCUUUACAGAAGAAAGGAAUUACUUCUAAAGACAUUGUAACUUUUUGUUCUUCCAACACUCUCGAUAAUGCAAUUUCCAUAAUAGCAUCAGCGUUCUUAGGCGCAACAAUAUCAAACCUGGAAUCGUCGUUAUCAGUCAGACACACUACACAUUUAUUGCGUUUAGUAGAACCAAGUAUGAUUUUUGUGGAAGAAGCGGCAAUAAGUUUAAUUGAAGAAAGUUUGGACGGUGCAAAUUUUAAACCCGAAAUUAUAGUUUUUGGUAAAUCAGAGAAAUACACUGUAUUUUCGGAUUUAUUAAAACAGCAAGACUGCGAAGAGGAAUUUCGACCUGUACAAGUCGAUCCAAAUGGUCUAGCCAUCAUGUACUUCAGCAGCGGGACUACCGGACUUCCUAAGGCUAUUUCCCACACGCAUAAUUCUUUUAUGUUUUUUAUUUCUGUUUGUUGUGAAGCUACUCCAUACCAAGCUGCUCUGCAUUUUACCACUUUCUAUUGGAUGACAGCAAUGAUGCUCAUGUUUUGUUGUUUUGAAAAUGGCAGCUAUAGAGUGUUUGGCCGCAAUCCAAGUGCUGAGGAUAUUUUCAGAUUUGUCGAAAAAUACAAGGUCGCUACGAUUUUUACAGCACCUAUUAUAACUUACAAACUAACAAGUUUUGAAAAUUCCCACAAGUAUGAUACCUCUUCCCUCAAGUACGUCAUGUGUGGUGGUACACCAAUGGCUGCUUCUCAACUUGUAAAUGUUAGAAAUUUAUUCAAGGGCGCCUACGUUGGUCUAGGAUAUGGAAUGAGCGAAGUAGGAGUAGUGGCCGCAAUGAAUUCGAAAAAUGACCCAAAAUACAGCACCCAAAAAUUAACUUCGUGCGGAACACCGGCCGCAGGUCUAAAACUAAAAAUAGUCGAUAUAGACACCGAACAACUCUUAGGGCCCAACCAAAAGGGUGAAAUCUGCAUCUUCUCCCCCUCGUUAAUGCAAGGGUACUACAAACUUGAUUCUUCUGAAGUUUUUGAUAAAGACGGUUUUUUGAAAACCGGGGACGUUGGUUACUAUGAUGAAGACGGUUACUUGUACGUCGUUGAAAGAAUUAAAGAAAUGUUUAAGUACCAGUCGUGGCACAUAGUACCUUCAGCCAUUGAAGCGGUACUGCUGGAGCACAAAGGGGUUAAAGAAGCGGCUGUGUUUGGGCUUCCAGGUGGUGAAGAUGGAGAAGUACCGGCUGCUUGUGUGGUACUGAAAGACGGGUAUUCACUUAGUGAGGAAGAAAUUGACUCGUUUUUGAAAGAGCGGAUUGCUGAUAGGGAGAGAUUGAGGGGUGGUAUUACUUUUGUGAAAACGUUGCCGAAAACGCCAACUGGAAAGGUGGUUAGAAAAAAAGUUAGGGAUUCUAUUAUCAAUUCUAAAAAAUGUCCUCUUUGAAAAUAAAAUGAUGUGUAUUCGUGA